AUGGGACAAGCAACAUCUUCACCAAAUGCAUUAUCAUUUUUUCAGAAAGUCACUAAUUCCGAGAAAAGCGAAUAUAAAGAUAUUUCCAACAAAUUUUCAAAGGCUACGUUAUCGACCUUGACCGUUCCUGUAAUUGUUAUAGCCUAUCCUGCCCUGAACGCAUAUGCAUUUCAUGAUAUGGGAAUUACAGGUCAUCGUGUGGUUGAUGUAGCUAUAGGUGGCCUUUUAGGUGUCAUUGCAUGGCCAUUAUCUCCGUUUCUUGCUAUUUGGGGUGCUGUCCAGAUAAACUUUAAGGAUAAACCGCCUGUACCAUUACCCAUCGCACCAGAAUUGUUAUUAAAAGCACAACAAGACAUAAAAUUAAAUACGACCUCAUUUUAUAAUGUAGCAGUAGUAGGGGUCUCUGGAAACGGAAAGGUAAAAAAAAAAAGAUCAUUUUGUUUUCGAUCAGAAUCAUGUGGUUGAUUUCCAUUUUUAAAAUCAGAGUUCCAUUGUGAACGCAAUACUGGGAUACAAGGAUAACGAACCAAGAUCAGCCAAAGUGGGUGAGAUAGAGACAACAGCUAGACCCUCAUCAUAUCAACAUCCCGAUUUAGCCACCAUGGUUAUUUGGGAUAUGCCAGGCGUCGGUACACAAAGGCAUCCCAUGGAUACGUAUUUCGAUAAGCACUACUUGUAUGCCUUUGAUUUACUUGUUAUUGUGCUGGGAAACAGGUAAAUUGAUGAAUUUUUUGAGAUUUGGGUCAGAGUUAACAACU